AUGUUGGCAUCAGGAUUACCUUUCGAAAUCAUUACCUACAUUUCCGGCUUUCUUUCUACCAAAGACAGGAUCAGCUGUACAUUUAUUUGCAAGGCAUGGCGAACACCAAUGCAGGAAUCAUUAUGGUGUAAAGUACAUGUUGGCAAUGCAAAGAAACUGAAUGACAUUUGCGAUAUAUCAAUCUACCGGCAAAACAUUUAUCGGCAACAUGGCCAAAGGGUCCGGACACUCAGUCUAAAACCAUACCUCAGAGUCACUAGUGAACAAUUAAAUAUUAUUCAACAAAACUUUCAGAACAUAAGACAUCUGCACCUUCCAGAAAAAAGCCUUGAUAUUAUCCAUUACAAGUCAGUGGCAGAUUGGAGUUGCUGGAAAUCUCUAGUCCAUCUUGAGGUGUCUACACUAGGAUUUGGAUUUGCUGACGAAGCCAAAGAAUUUCUUCAAAUGUUAUCUUGCUUACCCAGUCUACGACAUUUGUCUUACAUGAAGGAGUUCCGAAGAAGAAAGACGCUCUACGGAUUGGAUGAUUUCGAAACUCUUCAUACUCAUUUACCACAGCUUGAACAUCUCUCAAUCACCAUGGAUCUCGAUGUAUUUUCUGACCAAGACUUGAUGCUUAUCGCAAACGUUGUACCGGCAAGCAAUAUUAAAGUCAUAAAAUUCUUUAUUGACAACAUGGAUCUUCGGUGGCUAUGCUAUUUCGCUCGAAAGUACAUUAAUGUACACACCCUUGAAUGGAAUAAUUAUGCAAGACCAACUAGAACUGAGAUAUUCCGAGAAGAGGCUGUAUCAAUGUUUGCAUCACUCCCUUGUACAUUUCAACACCUCAGAUCUAUCAAUAUGAGCGGUACAUCAGAAACAGAAUGGACACACAUUACUUUUUGGGAACUUUUAUCUCAACUCAACGUACCCAUAAAGCACAUAACUUAUGGGCUGCUUGGAAACCAUAUGGAAGAGCUGUCAGAAAAGAUCAUCAGCAAAUGUAUGAUUUCAUGUGCAAAAACCCUCGAGACGUUUUCAAUUUCAAGCAACAUUGGAUUUUCUGAUCCUUGUACGAUUCCGAUGGCGUUUGAUGUUUGCCUUUGUUUGGUCGAUCUAAACAUCUAUGUUUACUCGAGUCCCAUUGCAUUGGAUAUUUUAUUGGAUCAUUGUGUAGUCCUCAAGCGACUAAGACUGGCAGCAAAUAACUUGUCAAUAAGUAGACGUGCAUUAGAGUACCCAGCAAUGCACGGUAUACGAUUAAUUGAAUUCAUUCGCACCAAAACAAAUGCCGACGUUUUCAGUUAUAUAUCCUUUCGAUGCAGAAAUCUGAAUUAUAUGCGUCUUGAUGACAUGAAGAUAUCUGGACCUUUUUCUCGAGACACGGGAAACCUUUGCCUCGACAUGCCAUUUACACAUUUCGAUAUCCUUCAGCUCAAUAAUGUACAAUUUUUUGGGUCUGAAGAUAGUGUUUGUAACGCAGAUACAUCAAUUCACUUUAUGGCCCUUGUUCAACUAGAAAGCAUCUUACAAUCGAGCACUAUUCUUGAACCCAGUAUACAGUUAUCCGACAGUGAUCACCUAAUGUCUACGGCUGAUUCACUCUGGUUCUAUAUGGAUUUUUACCAAGAAGGUUCAGAAGAAGGGUUCCAACUAAGAGUAUUAAACAAAGACGAGAUCAAGAUUGUCCGGGAAUAUUUCAUGUCCUUUCAAGAAAAUAACAAGGUUUUGGAAUCCAAAAAUGGGUAUAGAAAAUUUGAUAAGGAUGCUUGGAAACUUGAUUUGUACCAAGGGCAUGCUACUCUGCGCUGUGAAUAUGUAGAAAUUCUUAUUUAUAUUGCCAAGUUUUCCUCUACGGAAGCAAGAUUGCAAUCCUCACUUGUUUGUAAAUCCUGGCGUAUACCAUUUCAAGAUUCCCUCUGGGAUACCGUUGACAUUAGCUGUCAACACAGACUAGAAUAUGUCUGCAAUCUAUCUGGAAAUGAAAACUCUAUAUUCGAGGACAAUGGCUAA